AUGCUAAAUCGUUAUCGGAGAAUUGACACCAUUGGAGAAGGCGCUUACGGAGUUGUGUUUAAAGCGAUGGAUUGUUUGACUGGAGAAGUCGUUGCAAUGAAGAAGGUGAAGGUGGAAGAUAAUAACGAUGGCAUUCCGAGCACCUCUCUGCGCGAAAUCUCUGUGCUUCGGUCUUUAGACCACCCAAAUAUUGUCAAAUUAACCGACGUUGAGAACUGCGAUGGUCGUAUCCAUCUCGUGUUCGAAUGCAUCGACAUGUCCCUUGUAAAAUAUAUUCAAGACAGCCAGAGUCGCGGCGGAAUGACAAUGGACGAAAUCAAGUCCUUCUCCUACCAGCUCCUCCUGGCUCUCGACUACAUCCACGGCGUUGGCAUAAUGCACCGUGAUUUAAAGCCGGAGAACAUUCUAAUUCACAAAACCAAGGUAUUAAAGUUGUGUGAUUUUGGAUUGGCUCGUACCUUCUCUCUCCCGAUUAGCACGCUCACGCACGAAGUGAUGACGCUGUGGUACCGCGCUCCGGAAAUCCUUCUCAACCAGGAGAAAUACUCCCCUGUGGUCGAUAUCUGGUCGGCGGGACACGUCAUCGCGACCAUGAUUCAGGGCGAUGCGAUUUGGAGAGGAGAGAACGAGAUCGAUAUGAUUUUCAGGAUUUUCAGCACCUUGGGAACACCGACGGAGGAGAUGUGGCCGGGUGUCACAAAGCUUCCGUUUUACAACAAGGAAUUCCCGAAAUGGCCCAAGCGAAGCAUUGGGAAGACGAUUCCGAACCUAGAUCCCCUGGCGGAGGACUUGCUGAAUAAAAUGUUCUGCUAUGACCCUUCGAAGAGAAUCACCGCCUAUGAGGCGCUUCACCAUCCUUGGUUUGACUCUCUGGACAAAUCACAGUUUCAAAAUCCGGAUGAGUAG